UGUAACUUUCCAAUAUAGACCCAUCUUCCAAUUUUCCCAAUUUUUCACCCUCUUAUUUUUAACCUAGAUUUUUUUCCCUCAUAAUAAACCAUACGUAUCCUCCUCUGCUGUUGCAUUGAACACUAAAAUUUCCAAUUCACCCAAUAUCUUCACUUCUCUCACUCACACAUCUUUCUUUUUCCAAGAACAGAGCUCUUUCUCUCUAUUGGACAACACAACAAGGCUCUCUCUCUCUCUCUCUACAACGAUGAUGAUUAACCGGCACCGCCCGAUCAAUAUCCUCAUCAUCAUCGUCUUCCUUCUUACGACGACGGCAAGAGCAGGAGGAAACUGGAGUAACCGAACCCACCGAACCGUUCCAAGGGUUCAUCAACACGCGUACUACGCAUAUCCUCACCGUUCAUGCGAGUCUUUCUCUCGUCCAUACGCACGCUCUAUGUGCAUUGAGCUCGAAAGAAUCCAUAGAAGCAGUCGACAACCUCUUUUCUCUUCUCCGCCUCCUCCGUCGGAGAUUGACCAAAGGUACGGCGUAGAGAAAAGACUCGUCCCCUCCGGUCCAAAUCCACUUCACAACUGAUGAAAGCCUUCUUGUUGAAGAAACGAGCGAGCGAGCGAGCUAGGGUUCUUCUUAGUUUUUUCUUGUAAAUCUUUGUUCUUUUUAGUUACUUUCUUGAUAUUUUUGUAAUGUGUGCAACUACAACUACGUUUAUGAGCAUAACUAGUACUAUUUCCACGCUUGUUUUUGGGCUUAUCGAUUGUGGAACUAGAGCAGAAACAAGCUUGGAAAUAGUUUAUCGCUUGUUU